CCAAACCUGGAGUAGCAGUCCGACGGAUCAGCCGUUCACCUGUGGUAUUGGAUUAAAAAAAAAAAAAAAAAAGUCAUCUGAAUUAAAUAUGACCGAAGCCAUAUGGAAACCCGGAGCCACAUAGGACAAAGAGAAUCUUGCUCGAAAUUACGAUGCAUCUCACAGCAGUGGUCUUAAUUCUGGUCGUGACCGGCAUAGCCAAAGGUUGGGAAUGCAGUGCAAGGUGCAACACAGAAAAUGGGUUUUGUGAAAAGCCUGGGAAGUGCAGGUGUAAACCAGGGUGGCAAGGAGAGAACUGUGACCAGUGCGUGCCCUUCCCUGGAUGUCUGCACGGCACAUGUGAGAAGGCCUGGCAGUGUCUCUGUGAGGACGGAUGGGUGGGCAGCCUCUGUGAUCAAGAUACUCGUCUGUGCUCAGCCAGGCCUUGUUCUGCCAACGCCACCUGCAUCGAUACUGGAGAGGGGGGGUACCUGUGCAUCUGUCCCCAUGGAUACACUGGUGAUUACUGCCACCUGAAGAGAGGACUCUGUCUCGCAGACAGAUCUCCUUGUCAGAACGGAGGCACAUGUUUGGCCGUCGAUGGUUCCGCCGCCUACUCGUCCUGCGUGUGUCCCCCUGGAUUUUCUGGCGACUACUGCGAGAUCAACAUUGACAGCUGCCAGCCUAACCCCUGCCUCAACGGUGGCAACUGUACAAACCACGGCCUGGCCUUCACUUGCGUGUGUCCGCAAAACUUCACCGGAUUCACCUGUAACGACACAUCUAGCCUGUCUCCGUGUGCCGGCAGGCCCUGCGCCAACGGAGGAACAUGUGUGGGCCAACCUGACGGAACCUUCCGCUGCGUUUGCCAGAAAUGGUUUACGGGCCCCACAUGCUCCGUGCAGCACAGAUCGAAGGCCAGGUCCAAACAGGUCAGCGCCAGACCGGUGGACCACAGAGUGUUUGCACUGACUCCUCAACAUUACUCCCUCCCCGCUCACGCCUUCCACAAGCUCUUACGACCGCCCGAUAGAGAUCUGCUCAAGAUCACGCUAAAGGAGACCGUCCACUCCCCUGGCGUCCUCGUCACCCACGGUCAGCUCGUCUGUUUCGGCAUGCUGGCCCUGCUUACCUGUCUGGUCAUCCUGGGCACUACGGGUAUUGUGUUUUUUGGCCGUUGCGAGACCUGGCUGGCUAAUGCCAAGUAUAGCCAGCUUGUUCGACAGCAGAGAGAACACCUGCUGAGAGAGACGGGCGGCUCGAGCCAGGAGGAGCCGGAGCACUCGGUAAACAUCAUCCUGCCGGAGAAGAUUAGACUCACAAGCUUUGGGAGACACUACACCUCCAUCUGAUUAAAUCGUCUGUCCCUCGAGCUCUUUCCCUCUGGAAGGAGUUUAAUAUGAAUGUCUAAAAAUAGAAACAAAUGGCAUACUGUGACUGUGGUGCAGUUGUGUUGAGGACGUGUUGUGUUGAGGUGCUGGAAGACGUUUGAAUAUGUCUGAAUGUACCGCAUAGACCAGGGGUAGACCAGUGACGAAGGAUUGUAGAUGUAGCCUACUUUCAAUCCUCCAGCUGCAGAUGUGUUCAGUUCUGAUGUAAAAUGAUGUCAUCACGUUGUAUUUAUUAAAUUCAUCUUUGCAUAGGGUUGAUAUUACAACAAAUGAAACGUGGAGUUGUUUUAAAGGCAAACACUAGACCAUGUUUCAGUAGGCUGUUAGUUCUAAAAUGAUUUAUUUACAUCAGUAGUUAUGUAAUCGUUCUGCAUUCUGCAAUUAUGCAGAAUAUUUCCCAUAUGAUUAUUAAAGGUUUAAUAUGUAAGACUCAUUUGUGGUGCUUGUUUGGUGCUGGGAGCAAGUUGUUUGUAGACGUUAGGCUAAGCUAACAUUAGCAAGCGUUAUACAGUCGAAGAGAGACAACAACUCAG